UCACGCCACUUCACUAUCACAAACAUACAUUCAUACAUACAUACAUUAACACUACUACUGCUAGCUUCCACUUAGACAUAUCACAAACACUUACAUUCUUUCAAGUUUCUCAUCAUCUUUCUGCCUUUGUUAUUCAUUUUUCUAUGGCUGUUUCUGGGUUUGAGGGUUUUGAGAAGCGCCUAGAGCUUCAUUUCUUUGGUGAUGACCCUGUAGUGAUUGACAUGGGUCUUCGCCUUCUUGAUUUCGAGUCUAUUCAAGAAGUUUUGGAUGCUGUGCAAUGCACUGUGGUUUCUGCAGUUGGAAACCAAUAUUUUGAUGCCUACGUGUUAUCAGAAUCGAGUCUCUUUGUUUACCCCACCAAGGUCAUUAUAAAGACCUGUGGGACAACUCAGCUCCUCAAAUCCAUCCGUCCAUUGAUGAACUAUGCUCAGGAUUUGGGCCUCAAUUUAUGCGCCUGUAGGUACACCAGAGGCAGCUUCAUCUUCCCCAAAGCUCAACCUUUUCCUCACACCAGCUUCAAAGAAGAAGUCAUUUACUUGGAAGAGAAUCUCCCCAUCAAUCUUUGUUAUAGAAAAGCUUCCGUUAUGCCCUCCAAAAUGCCCUCUCAUUCUUGGCAUGUCUUCACCGCCAGUGACCAAACUCAUCUCGUUGCACAAACCAUGCCGGCUGAAAUUACAUUCACCAUGGAGAUAUGCAUGACCGAGCUCGACCGUGUCCUCGCUCGUAAAUUCUUCAGGAGAGCAAAUGACGGCAAAAACGGCGACACAGCUGGCAAAGAAAUGACUGAACUCACCGGCAUCGACGACAUCAAUCCAAGCGCCAUUAUAUGCGAUUUCGCGUUCGACCCAUGCGGCUACUCAAUGAACGGCAUUGACGGUGAUCGUUACUCCACUAUCCACGUCACCCCGGAGGACGGUUACAGCUACGCCAGCUUCGAAUGCGUGGGGUCCAUUUACGACGAUCAUGACGAUAUCGCGAAGAUGUUGAAGAAGGUGGUACAAGUUUUCAAGCCUGCAACUUUUUCAGUGUCAACAACAUGCAGUAGCCAUGAGGUGUGGACACAUGUAGCACGUGCAAUAGAGCCACUGGGUUGGAAAUGCCGGAGUUGUGUAAUGGACGAGUUUCCGGCGGCAGGAAGUGUGGUGUUUCAAACGUUCACGGUGGCUCGCCGGAAGUAGUAGAUAAACUAAA